AUGUCUAGCGAUGAGGAGAAUGAGAAUGAGGUCGUCCUCCCCGUCCCGGACUCGAUGAGUGACGGGGACGAGACCACAUGGAGACUCAAUGACCCUCAAUUCAAGUACCGGAUGAUCGAUGACACCAGAUGGCGACUGGCCCUCGCCCAGAUGUGGAUCGAGAAGACUGGCGCCAUUGAAACGGGCAAGACUUAUAUUCUGGAAAAGCUUCCAGAGGGCUAUGGUCUCUUCGACCGGCCUCGUGGAUCCAAUCCCUCGGAGCGAGACACAUUCCUUUUCGGGCACCCUAGCGGAUUCUAUUUCCAGUCUCGCGUGGCCUUCUUUCCUCACUUCUUCUGGUUGAUGUCCAAUCGAGAGGGCAUUUGCCAAUGUGCGAACUGUGCCAGAGCCACGAAAUCAACAGGGCCCAGGAUAGCAGGGCCUCGAAAGCGUCGUACUAAGGCUGAGAUGCUACUGGCUAGGGGCUUACCACCCUCUCAAACGAUCCAAGAACUCAAUAACAAGUAUCCCUCUGAUGAAGAGGGCCCUGAUUAUUGGCGGAUACACAUCAUGGACUUAAAAGAGAAGGGGAAGAUCGAUGAAGAUAUCGAUCACCGUCUAAAUAUGGACUGGGCUGUAACCCACGAACAACUUGCUGACUACUUCGUCAGCUUGACUCUGCAGGCCUCAUUUGUCCCCCGACGUGGCGAGGUUGUCCUAUGGACGCCUGAUCUGGAUGGCACACUUGAGUACAAUACGCCCGCCAAGUGUAUUCAGAUCAAGGACAAAGAUGGCAAAUGGCAGGGGAUGCCCGAAUGGCGAGCCGGAAUCGUCACUCAGGUCCCCGAAGAAGAAUGCAACUUCAUGGACAUUAUUCAACUCACUAAAAAGAAGAACGAUCUGAUCACCUACUCCGGCUUCAGGGUGGAGACUUUAGUUGAUCCGCUCAGUGACGACAAGGCGUACUCAUACCAAUAUAAAUACGUCCCAUUGAAACAGAUCAAACCUUUCGGCGCCUACGAGCAGUUCCUGUGGCCCUUAGCCCGGGAGAAGCUCCACCCAUCCAUUGAGUUUGCUCUGACCACGAUGGCCUCAUGGAGUCUGCUACAUUACACAAAGUUCAAGGGAGAUUGGCCAAAUGCGAAGAUCUACUGCAAGGGUAUAUGGAUCGGACACGAACUACUCGCCAUUAAAGACGCCGUACGACUCAAGCCGCCCGGACUGACUGCAGACAUCAUGAACGAUAAAUUCAACACAACCAAAGACGAAAGGGUAACAGAUGUGAUGGUCAUUGAACAAAUCUGGCUCUCGCUAGAAGGGUGCAUCGCCGACCCGAAAGACCCCAAUUACGCAACAUCAUACCAGCCCUAUGUCGCAGGCAAGGUGUAUACCGUGGAUCCCAACCGGCUCAACCGACCCAUUGGAUUCGACCGAGACGAGCUACAGCAGCUGACUGACAACGAAGUCGACACUGCAUUCCAAUACGUCGGCAUGCAGGGCUACGGUCCGUGGUACCGCAUUGCAGGCGGACGGACCUGCGCCGUGACGAAGAACAUGCUUUUAGGCCGCUGCUACGAGCCCGAAGCAGCGUACCUCCACUUUGGCACAUUCAAAGACCUCGGCUACGAUCUGCAUAGUAUGUUAAGCGGUCGGGCCUUUUCAGCGAAGGCCGACGCGCGCGUUCCAGAAGGUGUGAACUGGUUCUGGGGCGAUUACCGCGCCGAGACGCUGGGAUUAGCUGCUAUGAACGGAGUGGAGGUCGGCCCUGCUGCUGAGCAACGUGAGAACAUGCCGAGGUGGCAGGCGAUCUUACGGAUCUUACAUGACUGCAUGAAGGUGGGUGAUUUGAAACUAGCAUUCAAGGAUCCUAGCGAUGAAGAGGUUCGGGGUCCUGGUCGUCCACCAAAUAAACAUUUCGUGGCUAGUAAGUUUGUGAACACUGGUCUUGCAGGGCUUGGGCAGAAGGAUGAAACGAGUGUUGAUGAGGAGACGGAGGAUUCUAUCGAGGGGUUGAGUGGAAAUGUCUCGGAGGUGGAUCUCCCCAAGGAACUCUUGACUGCGUCAAUUCCUUUCCGUUGA